AUCUCACUUUCCCCUCAUCUCCGCUCCAUUCCCCCCUCCCGUGUCGCAGCGAGAAGCAUCCAUCGGAAUUCUCGUCGACCACCGCAACCGCCAUGGGCGGCGCCCACAGCCGCGAGGACCUCGACCUCACCUCCUCCGACGACGAGGACGACGACGAGGAGUACGACGCCCAGACCGCCACCUCCGCCGCCUCUCGAGAGGACAUCCUCCGGACCUCUACCCCCUCCUCCCUCGAGUUCCUCGACGCGAAGCUGAAAGCGCUCGAUCUCAAGUACCAGGCGCCGAACGCGGCGAAGCUGUACCUCCACGUCGGCGGCGCCUCCGCCUCCGCGCGCUGGGUGCCGGCCGAGCGGCGGGCGACCUACGCCUUCGUCGACAAGGCGACGGCGGCGGGCGACAGCGAUUGUGGCGGCCCGAGGUGGGUUCUGGAGGUUGGUCCGGGUCCCAGGGUCUCCGCCCCCGUCGGCCCGGCGCUACAGCUCAAGGCGCUCCCCGCGCAGCGCCGGGCCGAUUUCGCCGCGGGCGGCUCCGUCUGGGCGCUGCGGCUGCCGACCGACGCCGCCUUCCGCCGAUUCCGGCAGGAGUACGACCGGUGCCUGUUCGAGAACACGUAUGGCGUCGAGGCCACGGAUGAGGGCCGGAAGGAGGUGUUCGGCGCUGACUUCGCCGCGUGGGCGCGCCCCGGUGAGUCCGACGACGCCGUCUGGGCCGACGCAGAGGACUCCUUCACCCCUCCCGUUGCGACCCCGGCGAGAGACCUGCUCGAGGAGUUCGAGGAGGAGGCCGGGGACGGCAGCAUCCAGAGCCUCGCGCUGGGCGCGCUUGACAACAGCUUCUUGGUUGGAGGGUCAGGGAUACAGGUGGUCAAGAAUUUCCGGCAUGGCGUGCACGGCAAGGGCGUCUCUGUGAGGAUAUCUGAUGGCCGUGGUGGUGGGAACGCGUACAUGACACCGCAGAAGGCUCUGCUUAUGCGUGGCGAGACGAAUAUGCUUCUGAUGAGCCCUGGAGAGACUGGCACUCGCCAUUCCAAUGGCGUCCAUCAUGUUGAUAUAGAGACUGGCAAGGUUGUGGCUCAGUGGAGGUUUGAGAAGGAUGGAACUGACAUCACAAUGCGAGACAUCGCCAACGACAGUAAGGGCGCGCAGCUGGAACCCUCUGGAUCAACCUUCUUAGGAUUGGAUGACAACCGGCUAUGCCGGUGGGAUAUGAGGGAUUCCAGGGGCAGGGUGCAAACAAUUGGGAGCUCAUCUGAGUCACCGGUGCUGCAAUGGUCGCAGGGCCAUCAGUUCUCAAGGGGCACCAAUUUCCAAUGCUUUGCAAGUACAGGGGAUGGUUCGAUUGUGGUUGGUUCUGUGGAUGGCAAGAUUAGGCUCUAUUCCAAGAGUUCGAUGCGGAUGGCGAAGACAGCAUUCCCAGGGCUUGGAUCACCAAUCACACAUGUUGAUGUUACUUAUGAUGGGAAGUGGAUUCUGGGCACUACUGAUACAUAUUUGAUCUUGAUCUGUACCAUCUUUAAGGACAAGGAUGGUAAAGAGAAGACAGGAUUCAGUGGGCGUAUGGGAAAUAGGAUUGCAGCACCAAGAUUGCUGAAGCUCUCCCCAUUGGAUUCAAUUUUGGCAGGGUCCGAGAACAAAUUCCAUGGCGGGCAGUUCUCUUGGGUAACAGAGAAUGGGAAGCAAGAAAAGCAUCUUGUUGCGACAGUUGGCAAAUUUAGUGUCAUUUGGAACUUUCAGCAGGUGAAGGACAGCAACCAUGAGUGCUACCGCGAUCAGGAAGGGCUCAAGAGCUGCUAUUGUUACAAAGUUGUCCUGAAAGACGAAUCCAUUGUUGACAGCCGUUUCAUGCACGAGAAAUUUGCAACAACCGACUCCCCUGAGGCUCCUCUGGUGGUGGCAACACCCAUGAAAGUCAGCUCCUUCAGUUUAGCCAAUAGACGAUUACACUGACAGUCUUAUUUUGCUUUGCGUAUCAUGGUGGGAGAAUCUACUGGUUUUUGUGUAGCUCACUGCUGUUCCUUUCGUGGUGCGAGAAUCUACAGGUUCACUGCUGUUCCUAUUGGUUCAUUUGUUACUUGAUUUUGGUGUAGCAGGCAUGUUGAUAAUACUAGUACUCUUUGUGAAGAUUGCUGGAGUUGUAAUACUUGUUAGUUGUAACUAGGUUUCGGUGUACUCUUUGUAAAUGUUGACGAUAGCGUUCUGGGUGAAGACCUAAUCUCUUCUGGGACUGGAGUUGUAACUAAUCUGCGUUUUUAUGGGGCUGUUUGGUUCCCAGCCACACUUUACCAUUACUUGCCAACAAAAGUUGCCACACCUUGCCUAAGGUGAGGUGAUCAAAUUGUUAG